UCGGACUACUGAUUUGAUUGAAUGCCGCAGGAGGACUCUGUUUGAGCAUGCGCAGUACCCUGUCAGCAUGGAGUUGAGGAAGUUUUGUGCCAGAGGCACCUGAGCGUAAAUUGUCUCUUAUUCAAACCACUACGGGAACGUUUCUACGCAUGUGUUGACCGUGGAAGUUGAAAGUGAAAACAGCGAUGAUCUCAUCUACUGAUCUGGAGCAGCUGGCUGAAAUAGAGCUGCAGAAGGAAGAAGAUGAGGAGCAGGGUCGUCAUGGGUACCGUCCGGAUCGCCCUCCAGCCCCACGUAGAGUCAGCUUCAGCCAGGACACCUCUCACCCCUACUACGAUGUGGCUCGACACGGGAUCCUACAGGUCACAGGUGAUGAUAACUAUGGCAGGAAGCUAGUGAUCUUCAGUAGCUGCCUGAUGCCCCCUCCCAUCAGCUCAACCACCACCACCUACUGCAGUGAGUCAGGACAACCAUCAUACGAUAUGUGUUGUUUAUGUACACUUGACCCGUAG